CUGCAAUUGUAAAUAUAAGUCAGGAUUUAGUAUACACAAUCUAUACAUAGAUUUACUGAAGCUGCUGCUAUGAAGAAGAGUACAGUGAUUAAUGUGGAUAUCUGUUGUUGCAAAUGCAAACAGAAAGUUAUGAUGACUGCUGCAAAAUUUCAAGGAGUAGACUCCAUUGAAGCUGAUGGAUCGAAGAACACUCUAACUGUUGUUGGGGAAGUGGAUCCUGUGAAAAUUAUUAAUAAAAUGAGAAAGUGCAAGAAUAUAGAAGCAGAAAUAAUAAGCGUUGGGCCUGCUAUAAAAAUCAAAGAGAAAAAGAAGGAAGAUAAGGUGGAGGAAAAUCUUCCAAAAUGCUGCCCAAAUUGUUAUGUUUGGCAUGUCUAUGAUACAGAAGGAAUCGAUUCCAAUCCAUGUUCUAUAAUGUAGAGUAAUUAAUCAACGUGAUUUAAAAAUAAAUGUUGUUGU